AAUAAAUAAAUAAAUGUCCGGUUGGUUUAAAAUUAUUAACGAACCAACCAGAGUGAUCUUGAACGCAACUUUUAGGCGACUAAGAUGCAGUUGACGUGACAAUGGUGACCGUAGCCGAGGUGCUGGGUUUGGUGCUGGUGUCGCUGCUGUGGGGCUGCACAAACCCUUUCCUGAAAAAAGGUUCAGAGGGGAUAGAAAAAGUGACGGAAACCAACCGAGUCUUUCAGCUGCUCGCUGAAAUCAAGUUUCUUCUUCUAAACAUAAAGUAUUUGGUCCCAUUUCUAAUAAACCAGAGUGGUUCUCUGGUUUAUUUCUAUACACUGUCAACAACUGAUUUGUCUCUUGCUGUUCCUGUGGCGAACUCUCUCACCUUCCUUUGCACUCUGCUGACGGGAAAGCUGCUGGGGGAAGAGUUUGGAGGCAAACGGGCCGUUGUGGGAAUGUUCCUCACUAUGACAGGCGUCACUCUGUGCGUUAUAAGCUCCAUCGAAGCCAAAGAUACUGACAGACAGAACGAGAGCCAGCCUCAGCUCUGAUGGAGAUCAAGAUUAAAGCAGUUGUUGAAGAAACGAAAAGCAAAGCUGCAUCUGUAGGAGGACUGGAGGCAGAAAACGUCUCAGAAGAACAAUCUCUUCCAGAUUUACUCACGUUGGACUUCAAAAGGAGGAAGAGGAGGCGGGUUCACUCCAGAACUGGACUGGAUUUAUGGAGCUCACAUAGAAAAAGAUUUUUAGAUUUUACUUCUGUGGGAGACGACAAAACUGUUUGAAAAUGACCUUUGAUACGUCACGCCCUGCUUUAACUAAAUUAUUUCCUCUUUUCCAAAGUCGGGGUAAAGAAACACUAAUAAAACCAGCUGAUAAUUCUCUAAAUGUUCUCCAGUCUCUUCUGAAUUUCUGUGGAUUUCCUGUUGGUUUCUCUGAUUUUGUGUGGCAUAAAUUAUUAAAAUAUUUUGGUGUAAUUA